AAUACAUCGCAAAAUAAUGUGAAACACGACAGAACAAUGUUGAUCAAACUGUUGUGUGUUGUUGUGAUUGUUGGUGGUUGUGUUGGUCAAUAUGUUGGUGAUGACGAAUAUGUUGAUGCGGUGUUGGAUAUGCUGUUGAACGGCGUUAGUAAGGAGUUUGAGCAGUCUGAUGAAAAUGAUAGUGGAGAAGUACCAGUUUUGACUGGCGGUAUCUGGAAGUGUGGGAGAUGUGAUGACAUUGAUGAGACCAGGCUGAUAUACUCCGAAGUCAAUGAAGUAGAUGCUGAUACAUUGACGGAGGAGUCACUCGAUAUACAGAUAGGCCUAUCCCUCCCCGAUAUGAAGUGCGUGACAGUGAACUCAGAUGUAGCGGGCGUCGUGCGUCGAGUCGCAGGCGCAUGUAGUGGGGAGUCUGUCACGCUCAGCGUGGCGCCUGCGCAGCAUUUCACUGUACAAGUUUAUAGUUAGGAAAUGUCAUCAUUCUCAGGACAUACACUGUUGGACGGAGGGCCAACUUACUAAUUGAAAAAAACAUCUGACAGUCUAACCACCACGUUUUCGUCAGUGGUUUCCAAACGAAAACUUUUUUGAUAUAAUUAUGUUUAAUAUGGAUGAUGAGUGUGUGAUAAGAAAUAAAUAUACAUUUGAAUUUA